AGCUCUGAGAGAUGGCCAGUGGGACUUACAUCUGUAUGCUUUUCAAGAAAUGCUACCAUUCUUCCAUCGGUAUGACCAUACAAACUAUGCAAGAUGGUGUCCUGUUUACUUUGCACAGAUGAAGCAGUUGCCAGCUGAAGUACAAGCAGAAUUUGAUUGUGGUAACUGG